UUCGAAGGCGUUCCGACUCAGGCCACACACCACCAACACAAAACAUUUCCUUGUCCCUCGCCUUCCUCGCCUCGCCUCGGCUCUCACACGACGCCUCUUCCUCUCGCUACUACUAGCUCAAGCUAAGCUAGCAAGAGCAUUCCUUGGGCUUUUUUUCUUGUUCGGGGUUGAGAGGCAAUGGCGGUGAUGACUGAUGUGUCGACCACCGGGACGGCACUCCGGACCCCGGCGGCGGGGGCGGUGAAGGAGGGCGACGUCGAGAAGCUCCGGUUCAUCGACGAGAUGACCACCAACGUCGACGCCGUGCAGGAGCGCGUCCUGGGGGAGAUCCUCGGCCGCAACGCCGGCACGGAGUACCUGACCAAGUGCGGCCUCGACGGCGCCACCGACCGCGCCGCCUUCCGGGCCAAGGUUCCGGUGGUGUCGUACGACGACCUGCAGCCGUACAUCCAGCGCAUUGCGAACGGGGACCGCUCGCCGAUCCUGUCCACCCACCCCGUCUCCGAGUUCCUCACCAGCUCCGGCACGUCGGCCGGCGAGCGCAAGCUGAUGCCCACCAUCAUGGACGAGCUCGACCGCCGUCAGCUGCUCUACAGCCUCCUCAUGCCGGUCAUGAACUUGUAUGUGCCUGGGCUUGACAAGGGGAAGGGGCUCUACUUCCUGUUCGUCAAGUCGGAGACGAAGACGCCGGGAGGCCUGACGGCGAGGCCCGUGCUGACGAGCUACUACAAGAGCGACCACUUCAAGAACCGGCCGUACGACCCGUACCACAACUACACGAGCCCGACGGCGGCCAUCCUCUGCGCCGACGCGUUCCAGAGCAUGUACGCGCAGAUGGUGUGCGGCCUGUGCCAGCGCAACGACGUGCUGCGCCUCGGCGCCGUGUUCGCCUCCGGCCUCCUCCGGGCCAUCCGCUUCCUCCAGCUCAACUGGGAGCAGCUCGCCGACGACAUCGAGUCCGGCGAGCUCACCCCUCGCGUCACCGACCCGUCGGUGCGCGAGGCUGUCGCCGCCAUCCUCCUCCCGGACCCCGAGCUCGCCAAGCUCAUCCGCGCCGAGUGCUCCAAGGGCGACUGGGCCGGCAUCAUCACCCGCGUGUGGCCGAACACCAAGUACCUCGACGUCAUCGUCACCGGCGCGAUGGCGCAGUACAUCCCGACCCUGGAGUUCUACAGCGGCGGGCUUCCCAUGGCGUGCACCAUGUACGCGUCAUCCGAGUGCUACUUCGGCCUCAACCUCCGCCCCAUGUGCGACCCCUCCGAGGUGUCCUACACCAUCAUGCCUAACAUGGGCUACUUCGAGUUCCUCCCCGUGGACGAGACCGGCGCGGCUUCGGGCGACGCCACCCAGCUCGUGGACCUCGCCCGCGUGGAGGUGGGGCGCGAGUACGAGCUGGUGAUCACCACCUACGCCGGGCUGAACCGGUACCGCGUCGGCGACGUCCUCCGCGUGACGGGGUUCCACAACGCGGCGCCGCAGUUCAGGUUCGUGCGCCGCAAGAACGUGCUCCUCUCCAUCGAGUCCGACAAGACCGACGAGGCCGAGCUGCAGCGCGCCGUGGAGCGCGCGUCGGCGCUGCUCCGCCCGCACGGCGCGUCCGUGGUGGAGUACACCAGCCAAGCGUGCACCAAGCGCAUCCCGGGCCACUACGUCAUCUACUGGGAGCUCCUGACCAAGGGCGCCGGCGCCACGGUGGUGGACGCGGACACGCUGGGCAGGUGCUGCCUCGAGAUGGAGGAGGCGCUGAACACGGUGUACAGGCAGAGCCGCGUCGCGGACGGCUCGAUUGGGCCGCUCGAGAUCCGGGUCGUCCGCCCGGGCACAUUCGAGGAGCUCAUGGACUACGCCAUCUCCCGCGGCGCGUCCAUCAACCAGUACAAGGUGCCACGCUGCGUCACGUUCCCGCCCAUCGUCGAGCUGCUCGACUCGCGCGUCGUGUCCAGCCACUUCAGCCCGGCGCUCCCACACUGGACUCCGGCGCGACGGUCCGAAUAGUCGGUCAAAUCCCCACCUCGUCGUUGGACCGUGUCCAAGAAUCUGAAGUAGUAGAAGCCGGAUGCCUCCACCUAAAAACACUUAUCUGUUAUUUUUGGAAUUAAUUUUGAUGGUUGCUGUCAACUCUGUCAGUUAGUGGCAAGAGGGUACCUCUGAUGUGAGGGAGAGAACUGCAGAACGAACGGAAGAAAGUGUUGAUGUAAGAGGUUACCACUAGUAGUACUGUUUGUCUGUAUCAGGAAUGUGAUUAUAAUUUAACCUGUCCUCCAAAACCGUA